AUGGUCCUCCCUGCAGGUGAUGCAGCAGAAGAGAUUGACCUGACCGUGGUUUACCAAGCAGCAGCUAAUGGUGAUGUGAACACCCUAACUGCGGUAAUCCGAGAAGAUCAUUCCAUCCUGGAAUGCUGCAACAGCGAGGGUUGCACACCUUUGAUGCAUGCUGUGUCAGGAUGCCAGGUUGAUACAGUGAAGCUUCUACUGAAGAUGGGAGCAAAUAUUAAUACUCAAGAUGCUUAUGGAUGAACCAGUUUAUCUCUGGCAACUUAUCUGGGCUGGCUAGAAGGCUGUGUCAGCCUGCUCAGAAAUGGUGCUAAACAGAACAUAUCGGAUAAAAACGGAAGAUCGCCACUACAUGCUGCUACUGCAGAGUCCGAUGUGAGGCUUCUGAAUGUGCUUCUGCAGCAGUCAAAUCUUAGCAAAAUUAAUCAUCAGGACAAUGAGAGUGGCAACAGGAUUCUGUGCUCCAUCAUUCUGGACCACUACCAGGGCCCAUCGAUAAUAAACUACGACGAUGAGAAUGGCAAAACAUGCAUGCACAUUGCUGCUGCUGCGGGCUACAGCGACAUUAUCGGUGCGCUGGCUAAAGUCCCGGAGUGCAACCUGCAGGCCCUUGAUGUGGAUGACAGGACACCUCUGCACUGGGCUGCAGCAGCAGGGAAGGCUGAUUGUGUGCAGACCCUGCUGGAGCUGGGCAUAGAGAGCAGCCCGCGGGACAUCAACGAGAACACCCCUCUCACAUACGCCGUGUACUGUGGGCACACAGCCUGCAUCAAGCUGCUCUCCCAGGAGAACAGAUCAGAGCCAGUUUAUCAGUUUCGCCCUCGGAACAACAGACUCCUAAAGAAAGAAGGAAGAUUCAGUAUGCUGAACCACAUCUUCUCCUGCAAAAAGAAGAGAGAGGAUCAGAAAACCAAUCAGAAAGACAGAAGCAGAGACAGAUACCCUGGAGAGGAGACCUCAGAAGUAGAUGACAUCAUCACCACUUUUGAUUGCAUUAUGGACACAAACUGCAAAGACAUUCCAGAUGACUGCAUGACCACUGCUGACUUUAAAAGAAGGAGCACAGACACAAAAAGGUACCUCAUAUCUGAAAAGCAGCAACCAGAGUGUAAUGGACUUCUGCCCAUUCGAACGCAGAGACUGCCCCCAAUCACUGUGGGCAAUUCUUUCCUAACGGCUUCCCAGAGCCCGGCCUCGGGUCUCUGCUCCAGCAGUACCAGCAGCCACCACUUUGCAGGCAGGUCUCAAAAGGGUAGGAGCGAACACAGUUUGCUAGACCACCGCAGCAGCUGCCAGCCUCUGCUGAACGACCCCUGGAACCCAACUUCUCACCAAAUACUCUCCUACAAAGUCUGUGCUAGAGCUUCUUCGGACAAACUGAUAAAUGCCUUAAGCUCUGACAGAUCCCACCACUUGCUUUUGUGCCCUCCUCGCCUCCCCUCACUUCCCAGUUCUCCAUCAGGUGAAAAAUUUCAACAGAUGUCCUCAGGUCAAUCCAAAAUAAAAGUUCUUACUCCUAUUCGGAACAACCUAGCUCCCGUACACAACCACUGUGCUCAGAAGAAUCAGCUACCAUCUAAUCAAGUUUCUCAAGGUGUUAAGAAGUCUAACUCCCUGCCUUUAAAUUCCUUAAGAACUGGGGCAGUUUUUCUUCCAGCAGCCCAAACCUCCAGGUCCCAGAGAAGAGGAUUUUCCCAGAGUCAUUCACUACAUUCCUUUACAAAAUAA